AUGAAAAAACUGCCCCGCAUCAAAUGGAUAUCUUUAUAUUCCAGCCAUACGUCUUUAAUUCGUCCUUUAACCACAUCUUUUAUCAUGUCAGGUCUCGAGGUGGUUGGUGUCAUCGCCAGCAUCAUCCAAAUCGCAGAUCUUGGCGCUAAAUUAUCCGUCAAGCUCUGCACUUUCUACAAAACAGUCAAAGUCAUAAACAAGUCAAUACAAGAGCUUUCUAGCGACGUUUCACUUACCUGCAGCAUUCUAAACGAGCUCGGCAAGACACUCGAACAAGAUGACCAGACAAAGCUUUGUUCCAAACAGGCGUUUUCCACGGCGCAAGAGGUCCUACAGCAAUGCAAGUCGGUAUUCGAAGAAAUCGAUACCGCAAUCGAAAAGCAUAGCCAAGAGAAUGAGAAGGGUCGCCUGGUGCGACAGGCCCGAAAAAUCACGAUCGCAUUCCUUGGACCGGACUUGGAUGUCCUCAAAAGUAAUUUGGAGAGGCUGAAAUCGACGACAUUGUUGAUGCUGCAUGUCAUCAUGUAUGCGGGACAGCUCCGCAGGACAAAUAUGAAAUCUACUAUGGCCAAUCAACGUGGUCUCAUCCAAACUCUUCUAGAAGAGAAAAUCGCGAAUGAUGCCAAAUUCAAUAACCUUAGGCAAUCUAUCCAAGCUGUUUCUAUGCCCAAGGACGAUAAUUCCUUUCAGCCGUCAAUCACAGCCUUGAGCAUCGAUCCACAGCCAACUCCUCUCUGGAAUGAGGUGGGAGAAUAUUACAAUCUGGUUCGAGGCCUACUCUGUCAAAUCGAUGCAUACCAAGAUAUCCUGGAGCAGAGCCGCCAUCUCAGAAUCCGAAAUGGUGUCAUAAAUGUGCAUUCAGCGGAAUCUGUUCUCUUUCAGCAUAUUCAUGGCCAAGCGGCAAAUCAACUUUUUGAUGACCCCAUAUUCAGAUUUAGGGAUGCUUCUUUCCCUACAAGUCCCCAAUUCAGUCAGAGUUCCCAUGCCAAAGAUGAGACUGCAAAACUUGGAGAAUCGCCCAUGAACCCAGUUCAGCCCUCACCAUAUGGCGCCCACCAGUCUUCUCUUUGUCUUCCUCCUACCACAUAUCCCCCUCCACCUCCUCAACUAGGAAACGGAGUCCUCCAUCAUAACCCCUACGGACCGUCACCUCAAGAGUCGCCCUACUACACCACCCAUUCUCCCUAUACAUCGAACCCGGCGUCGGCACGUUACGCGUCUGGUGGUAAGCCCAGUUCCUUUUUUUUAAGUUGUUGGUGGGAAGUCGUCGGAGUUGAGAACUGGCGCACUCGUGCUUGGCUUUUCUUGACGUUCUUGGUCAUCCAUUUCAUUCGGCUUAUCGAAGAUAUCAACUAA